AUGGCAGGGGGUGUGAUUAUUGCCCCCACCGGGGCGGGAAAAAACUACUCUGGAAGGCUCACAGUGUACGUGGUCUUGGCUUGUAUCAUUGGGUCUUCCGGUGGUCUGAUCUUUGGUUACGAUAUCGGUAUUUCUGGUGGAGUAACGUCUAUGAAUUCUUUCCUGGGCCAGUUCUUCCCAGCUGUGUAUAUUCAGGAGACGAGUGAUACCUCUACGAAUCAGUAUUGUAAAUUUGAUAGUCAGAUACUGACCUUGUUUACCUCGUCUCUGUACCUGGCUGCUCUGGUGUCGUCGCUCUUUGCGUCCUUCAUCACCAGAAAACUUGGACGGAAAAUAUCGAUACUUAUCGGAGGUUCGGUUUUCUUCGCCGGAGCUGCUAUUAAUGCAGCUGCUCAGAAUGUUGCUAUGCUUAUCAUCGGUAGAAUUCUACUUGGGUUUGGUGUUGGAUUUGGUAAUCAGUCUGUGCCGCUCUACCUUUCGGAGAUGGCUCCCUACAAGUAUCGUGGUGCACUCAACAUGUGCUUCCAACUGAUGACCACUCUGGGAAUCCUCUUCGCCAACAUUAUCAACUACUUCACCGUUAUGAUUAGUGGAGGUUGGGGUUGGCGUGUAAGCUUGGGCGGUGCCGCCGUCCCUGCUGCUAUUAUGGCCAUUGGAGCCAUUUUCCUCCCCGACACCCCAAACUCUCUCAUUGAGCGAAGCUUGAAAGAAGAGGCCAAAGAGAAACUCCAACGCAUCCGUGGCAUCGACGAUGUGACACAGGAGUUUGAUGAUCUGGUAGCUGCUAGCGAGGCAUCAAAGAAGGUACAACACCCAUGGAGAAAUCUAUUGAAGCGGAAAUACAGACCCCACCUCACCAUGGCCAUCUGCAUCCCCUUCUUCCAACAGUUAACUGGCAUUAAUGUGAUCAUGUUUUAUGCUCCGGUCUUGUUCAAGACAAUCGGUUUCGGUGGCAAUGCGGCGCUUAUGUCGGCCGUAAUAACUGGUGUGGUUAAUGUGGUUGCAACAUUGGUCUCCAUUGCUGUGUCUGAUAGAUGGGGCAGAAGAAAGCUCUUCCUCGAGGGAGGAAUCCAAAUGUUCAUCUCUCAGAUCAUAGUAGCGAUUCUAGUAGGGGUGAAAUUCGGGGUGAGUGGACAAGCAACUUUUUCCCAGGGAUACGCGGCUGUUUUGGUGUUGUUCAUCUGCAUCUACGUGGCGGCUUUCGCGUGGUCAUGGGGCCCAUUGGCAUGGUUGGUACCGAGUGAGAUAUUCCCAUUGGAGAUAAGGUCGGCAGCACAGAGUAUCAAUGUGGCAGUGAACAUGAUUUUCACAUUCAUUAUAGCGCAAGUGUUCUUGACAAUGCUCUGCCACCUGAAGUUUGGGCUCUUCCUCUUCUUUGCUGCUUGGGUGUUCAUAAUGACCACCUUCAUCUACAUUCUCUUACCGGAGACCAAGGGUGUUCCCAUUGAAGAGAUGUCAAGGGUGUGGAAGAAGCACUGGUAUUGGGGCCAGUACAUUCCUGAUGAGGAUGUGAUUGGAGGUAUCGAGUUGGAUACCCGUGACUUAGUAAAGAGCGUCGAUUGAUUUCUUUUUAUAUACGAAUG